AUGCUGUAUGGACCGACCUUCCGCGACCACGACCCAAUGCGACUCGUCGACCCGAGGCACCUCCCGCAACUGAUGUCCCUUGAGGACCAUGAGCCCACCAUGGUGGAGGGGACCCUGGUGCCCCGCAACGCCACGCCUGCGGGGGAGGAAGGAGCUCCGGGUCAGCAGCACCAAUCCUUCCCCUGGGUGGUGACAGUGCUGGCCGGCGUGCUGAUCACGACCAUCGUGGUGGAUGUUAUCGGGAACCUGCUGGUGAUCGUGUCCGUGUUCAGGAACAGGAAGCUCAGGAAAGCAGGAAACGCCUUUGUGGUGAGCCUGGCUCUCGCUGACUUGGUAGUCGCCAUCUAUCCCUACCCGCUGGUCCUGACUGCCAUCUUCCACGAUGGCUGGAUCGCCGGCUACAUCCACUGUCAGAUCAGUGGGUUCCUCAUGGGCCUCAGCGUCAUUGGCUCCAUCUUCAACAUAACGGGCAUCGCCAUCAACCGUUACUGCUACAUCUGCCACAGCCUCAAAUAUGACAAACUGUUCUCCAACAGCAACACCAUGUGCUAUGUCGUGCUCGUCUGGGCACUCACCAUCCUCGCCAUAGUGCCAAACUGGUUCGUGGAGUCACUGCAGUACGACCCGCGGGUGUACUCCUGCACUUUUGCCCAGUCGGUGAGCUCACUGUAUACUAUCACGGUGGUGGUGGUGCACUUCAUCCUGCCGAUCGGCAUCGUCACCUACUGCUACCUGCGUAUCUGGAUCCUCGUGAUCCAGGUGAGGCGGAGGGUCAAGCCAGACUCACGGCCCAAGAUCAAGCCGCACGACCUACGCAACUUCCUCACCAUGUUCGUAGUGUUCGUGCUCUUCGCCGUCUGCUGGGCGCCGCUUAACCUGAUUGGCCUGGCAGUGGCGCUGGACUCCAGGCUGAGCCGGGCGAUACCAGAGUGGCUGUUCACGGCCAGCUACUUCAUGGCGUACUUCAACAGCUGCCUCAAUGCCGUCGUCUACGGUGUCCUGAAUCAUAACUUCAGGAAGGAGUACAAGAGGAUCGUUCUGAUAAUCUUCAAGUUUCACUGCUGA